AUGGACGCCGCUCUGCAAAAGGCGCUGCUCGAUCGCGUCUACGACAAGCGCAAGGCGGCCACGCUCGACCUCGAACGCCAGGUGCGCGAUUGCCUGGCGCGUGGCGACCGAGCCCGCGUCAACCUCAUCGUCCAGCAGCUCUGCUCCUUCCUCAGCGCAUCGCCCCAGAACGUCAACGCACGCAAUGGCGGGCUCAUCGGUCUGGCUGGUAUCGCCAUCGCCCUCGGCGUAGAGAUCGCCCCGUUCCUAGAACAGAUCGCCAAGCCCGUUCUCGCCUGCUUCAACGACCCGGACAGCAAGAUCCGCUACUUUGCCUGCGAGAGCUUCUACAACAUCGCCAAAGUAUGCAAGGGCGAGAUCCUCGUCUACUUUAACGAGACCUUCGACGCGCUCUCCAAGCUCGCUGCCGAUUCCGAGCUGAGCGUCAAGAACGGCGCCGAGCUCCUCGACCGUCUGCUCAAGGACAUCGUCUCCGAGGCUGCGCCCCACUACGUCUCCCAGUUCCAAGACAUCUCGCUCAUCCGUGCGCACCAGGACGCCAACGAUGGCUUCAGCGGCGGCGCUGCCGAGCUCGACGUCGCCCGCGAAAAGGCGCACCAGAUCGAUCAGCAGGGGACCGCCAACAACAAGGUCUUCUCCCUCGCACGCUUCAUCCCGCUCCUCGCGGAGCGCAUGUACGUCAUCAGCCCCUUUACGCGCAACUACCUCGUCAGCUGGAUCACCGUGCUUGGAUCCGUGCCAGAGCUCGAGCUCGUCAGCUACCUCCCCUCCUUCCUCGACGGCCUGCUCAAGUACCUAAGCGACCCCAACACCGACGUGCGCGUCGCCACCGCCAAUGUGCUCGCCGACUUUUUGCGCGAGAUUCGCCACGCCGCCGAGCUCUCCGCCCGGCGCCAGGCCUUCGAACAGCACCGCGCAGAACGACAUGAACACAAGAAGCGCAAGGGCAAACAACGUGGCCCCACUGGCGCCGCGGAUCCUGUCACGCUCAAAGCUGACACGGCAGACGAGCCGACUGUCGCCGCUCAGGUCGAUGUGCAGUCCAGAAGCGCUAGCCCCAGCAAGUCAUUCCGCAGCCCAGCGCCCAGCCAACCCAAGCCAAGGUCCGACGGCGCCACUUCGCCCUUGCCACCACCACAGCGAGACGGACUGCCAGCGGACCACGACUCGGCCUUGGCCACUUCGCCAGCACCCACUCAGAGCCACGACAAUGACGCUGCUUCCGGUGCAGAAGACGACGAAGAAGAUGAGGACGACGAGGACGACCAAGACAUCUGGGUCGAGGGUACCGAGGUCCGCAUCGACUAUGCCGCCAUCGUCGAGAUCCUCAUCAACCACAUCGGCUUUCCGGACGAAGAGAUCCAGGCCACCACGCUGCAGUGGAUCGCCGAGCUGCUGCUCGUGGUCAAAGACGUCGUCGUUCCUUUCACACCCCGCCUCAUCUCUGCCAUCCUUCCCAACCUCGCCCAUCACAGUCCCGCCAUCGCCAGCGCAGCACAUGCCACCAACGUCAACCUCUACAGGGUGGUGCAGGAUCUUCCAGCGCCCACAACGCCGCCAAGCACGCGCGCGCAAACGACCCUGCCGGCCACUGCACCGGGCCACCGCUCGACGGGCUCGGUCUCCUCGUCGAGGGAGAGGGCCAGCGCGGGGAGCCCGACGCAGCAUGGCAACCUGAGCCGGCACGCGUCCAUCUCCCGCCCCGCAGCAUCAUCGGCAUCAGGACCGCUCUCCCCAAGAGUCAGGGCGGGCACGAUCAGUGGCGAGCCUACGGCUGGGAUCGCCGGGCUGAGUCUGUCUGACGAUGCGGCAGGCACGGAUCGCACCUCAUCGCCCAACGCCGCUGCGGAUGGCAGCGCGGUGGAAUCCGAUCCGUUCGACUACCAGACGACCCUGAACGCACUCACACUGCAGCUGCUGGACGAGCACGAGGAGACGCGUGUGACUGCGCUCGAAUGGCUGCUCAUGCUGCACGGCAAGAGCCCGCGCAAGAUCCUCUCCAUGGACGACGGCACGUUCCCGGCGCUGCUCAAGACGCUCUCGGAUCCGUCGGACGAGGUGAUCCGGUGCGACCUGCGGCUGCUGGCGCAGAUCAGCUCGGCGUCCGAGGACUCGUACUUCCACGCGUUUAUGGCCAAUCUGCUGAGCCUGUUCAGCACGGACCGGCGGCUGCUCGAGACGCGCGGCUCGCUCAUCAUCCGGCAGCUGUGUGCGUCGCUGCAUACCGAGCGCAUCUUCCGCACGCUCGCCGAGAUCCUCGAGAAGGACGAGGACCUCGAGUUCGCGAGUAUCAUGGUGCAGAACCUCGCCAUCAUCCUCAUCACGUCGCCCGAGCUGGCGGACUUCCGGCGCAAGCUGCGCAACCUCGACUCGCGCGAGGGCCAGCAGCUGUUCGCGUCGAUCUACCGGUGCUGGUGCCACAAUGCGGUGGCGGCGUUCAGCCUGUGUCUGCUGGCGCAGGCGUACGAGCACGCGAGCAACCUGCUCACCAUCUUUGCCGAGCUCGAGAUCACGGUGGCGCUGCUCAUCCAGAUCGACAAGCUGGUGCAGCUGCUCGAGUCGCCCAUCUUUACGGCGCUGCGGCUGCAGCUGCUCGAGCCCGAGCGCUACCCUUAUCUGUUCAAGUGCCUGUACGGCGUGCUGAUGCUGCUGCCGCAGAGUUCGGCGUUUGUGACGCUGCGCAAUCGGCUGAAUGCGGUGAAUGGGCUCGGGUUCCUGCACUCGGUGCCGCGCUCGAGCUAUGCGAGCAGGACGAGCUCCAAGAGCGUCUCGACGGGGUCCGGUGGGGCGGGUGCGGGUGGAGGCGCCGGUGGUGCGGGCGCUAGCGAGAUCAAGUGGAGCGAUCUGCUGCACCACUUUCGCGUGGUGCAGAACAAGCACGAGCGCGCGCGCCGACAGACGGCGUUGGGCGCGACCACGGCGACGGGCGCCACGCCGGGCGGGCCUGACUAUGCUGCACCGCGCAUUGGGUCGGCGACUGCUGCCGCGACAGCGUCUACAGCGCCAGGACGCCGGCGCGUCAGUCAGGCGGCCACGCCCGUCUCCACGGCUGGGUCGCUCACGCCGUCCGGAUCAGCGGGCCGCUUUGGGCUCGGACUGAGCUCGGGUGGCACCACCGCGCGUGCUCCUGCCGCUGCGGGUGCUGGGACGAGCAGCUUCUUUGGCAUCCACCUUCCCUCCACCGGCGCGGGCGCAGGAUCGAAUGCCAAUGCGGCGGGAGGCUCCACGGCGCGGUCCUCGAGCCCGUCGACGGUGCGUCGACACGCGCUCGGCUCCAACCCGGCGUCACGGAGCGCCAGCAAGGGAUCGUCGCUGCGUUAG